GUUAUAAAUCAAAACUCAUCUUCCAAUAUAUCAGUUUGACUUUUUAGUUUGAAAACUCAAAGCGGUUAAUGUUUUUUUGAGCUUGCUCUUACAAUUAGACAUCCGAACAAAUUAUUAGUCUAGCUAGAAUGAACAAGUCAGUCUAAUAAAAAGGAAAAAUACAAAACACCAGCUAAUAUUGUAUUAGUUAAAGUUUUUGAAACUCUGUUUUAUAUUCAUCCUCCUCUAUCUUUCACAUUAACUACCAAUUUAUGUAGGGUUUUGAUACAGGUCAUCAUAUGCUACAUAGAAAUUAAUGUAAAUGGAAUAUUAAAUGAACUCAAAAGACCACAAACUUAUCCUCUUGACGUUAAAAUAGUCGCUAUUCGUCAGUACUUCUCUAUAUAAAGUCCUAUGCCAAUACAUCUCCUUCACACAAAAACAUCACAAAACAAUACUACAGAACUAAAGAGGAAGCAAAAAACAUGAAGAAGCAAGUUUGCUCCAGCAUCCUUCUCCUUGGCCUUCUCUUUCUUGUCAUAAGCAUUGCAGAAUCUCAGACCUGCAAGCCUAGCGGCAAGAUAAGAGGUAAAAAGCCUCCUCCAGGACAAUGCAACCAAGAAAACGACUCGGAUUGUUGUGUAGAUGGCAAGCUCUACACAACUUACAAAUGUUCACCACCAGUAAGCAGCCACACAAAAGCAAAGCUAACAGUGAAUAGUUUUGAACCCGGAGGUGAUGGGGGUGCACCAUCUGAGUGUGAUAAUAAAUACCAUUCGGACAAAGAGCUGGUGGUAGCACUUUCUACAGGAUGGUUUAACAACAAGAGUAGGUGCUUGAACUAUAUUACUAUCUAUGGAAAUGGGAAAAGCGUCAAGGCCAAAGUAGUUGAUGAAUGUGACUCUACCAUGGGAUGUGAUUCUGAUCAUGAUUAUCAACCUCCUUGCCCUAACAAUAUUGUGGAUGCCUCCAAGGCAGUUUGGAAUGCAUUGGGAGUCUCUGACCCUGACGAUGUGGGAGAAAUGGACAUCUACUGGACCGAUGCUUGAGCAGUUGGCUUUGAGGGAGAGGGAUCCCUAUAUACAUACACCUCUGAUGUAAUUCUGUUUCUCAUGUAAUAAUUUCUUGUUUAUCGAUCGAUACAUAUACUUUGUAUUUGGACCAGUGCAUUACUGUGUAAAGCUUUAUAUAUGAAGAACCAAUUAGAAAUA